AUGUUCCGCCUCGCCGUCCGAUCACCCGUCGCCCGAGUGGCCGUUGCCACGCCCCGAAUGGCCACACGCUCCUUCUUGACCUCGUUGCGCCGUCAAUCCGAAGCGGAGCCCAUCAUCCAGGUCAGUCACUCGGUGCGAUGUAGCUCGUCAAGCUGACGCGCGCGUCUUUGCCCGAGAGAGCGACGAGCGACGACAAGCGACCAGCGACCAGCGACCGAGCACGAGCGACCAUCACAACGGAUCGCACAGCUGCUGACACAUUCCCUUCGCACCUCCCCCAGGGCCCCGGAGGUAAACCCGGUCAGGUGCCGACCGAUCUCGAACAGGCGACCGGUCUCGAGCGAUUCGAACUGUUGAUGAAGCUCAAGGGCGAGGAGGCCUUCUCGCUCGACCCGCUCGAGGUCACCCGUCUCGGUACCGUCCAGGACCCCAUCUCGGUCUUUUCUUUGGUGCGUAGGAUUUCAUGCUGGUGUCGGAGGAUGUCGGGGGAAAAGUCCGCGGUGGUGGUAGGACUCGGCGGAAGCGGCAUGCGCAGAGGCGGCAAUUCGCCUCGCCCCAGCGGGGCUUACUCGGGAGCGGUAAGUGUGCUGACGAUACUAUACUCAAACUCUUGGUUGUGGAAUCACAGGACAACACUCGUAUCGUUGGCUGCACGGGUCAGUUGCUUGCUGAGCUGGGUUGAGCCGGACGGGAGGCGGCAACUGACGCGCCCCGCCGUGUGGUAGGCUUCCCCGUCGAUUCGCACGACACGAUCCUCUUCCCUAUCAACAAGGAAAAGCCCGUACGAUGCCCCGAGUGCGGAUGCGGUCAGUCGGCUUGCGGAGAACCGGGUAGUGCUGGGACCCGAGCCGCGGUACUGAGGCUCUCAUCCAUGUCUGCCUCCAGCGUACAAGGUCGACUUCCAAGGUGUCGAGGACCACGGACACGGUCACCAUUAG